UUCACCUGAAACUUGUUAAGGCUUGGUCAGAUUGGUCUUGUCCAAGGGUGUCACGUGGGGUACACUUUACUUUACUCCAGUCACGUCUGCUUUGACCAUAGCUUCAAUUCAACCUUUCCCAUUACGUAAUCACAGCUCGCCGAUAGUUUGACUUUGUCUUCUAAGGUACCUAACUUUCAAUUCAACAAACUUGUACUUGUACCUGUUCUCUAGGUAUUUUUUUUUUCUUUUUUACCGGACCUCUCGCGGAAGAAAAUUGUAUACACGAACCCAAUUGACAUGACCCCGUCGUCGAGAUCGCGAGAACGAGACGAGCGAUAAAAGGAGAAAAAAAAAUGGCGCCCCAGAAGCGCAAGAGACCCCACGACAACGACGAGCCGCCUCCUCCUCCUCCUCCUCCCCGGCGCGCGACCCGCCAACACCCCGACGAGCAGCCCGAGCCCGAGCGACAGCUCAGGAGCGGGCGCGUACGCACCGUACGCGCCGGCGCGAUCGAGAAGCCUGCGCCUGCGGAAGCACCCGUGGCUAGGGGCGCGGCGCGGGGCGACGCGUCGAAGGCGCCGAGGCGGCCGGGCAGACCGCCGACGAAGAGGGUUGCUGAGGAGAAGGUGAGGGUGCUUAAGGAGAAUGUACGACCGGCUGGCUAUGAUGGCGUUGAUGAGGAGGAGGAGGAGGAGGAGAUUGAAGAGGUGGAGCUGCUGAGACGUACGCCGUCGCCUACACCGCCGCCCACCGAACCUACGCAGACGAGGCCGCCUAAGCCAUCGCUUCAGCAGCAAUUGCAACAGUCUCGUGCGGCGCAAUCAGCUUCUGCGGAUAAGAUGUCGACUCCGAAACGCCCUUCUUCCUCUGCCGAUAAACUGUCUAAACCACCGCCGACGCCGCGAUCGGACCGCAAUAUUGAUAAGGUUGUGUUGGGAGAUAUAUGCUUCAAGGCGUGGUACCCGUCGUACUAUGGCAAGGAGGUACUAGGUGAUAUAUCGAAUACCAAUAACGCCAAUGCGGGAGGUAAAGACAGGCAGGGGAGUAAGGAUCGAGAUGGUGGGGGGAAGAUAGGGGGCAGGAUUGGAGGAGGGAAGAGGAAUCCCCCGCCUAUGCUGGAUCGAUUGUACGUGUGUCCUUGCUGCUUCAAGUAUAGCAGGGAACUUGUGAUGUGGUGGGAGCAUGUCAGGUGCUGCGAGCGCACGUUCCGCAUGCCGGGCACGAAGGUGUAUACGCAUCCUAAGGGCAAGAGGACGGUGAGGACGACUGUUGCUGGCGCUGCUAGUGGGAGUGUAGAGAAAGGUAGGGGAAGGGGUAGGAAGAGGAGCGAUGCGGAUGCGAGUACAGGUGUGUCUGCAAUUGUGGAGAAGGUCGUUAUGGAUGAGGGCGAGUGGAGUGUGUGGGAGGUCGACGGAGAGAAAGAUAGGUUAUUCUGCCAGAAUCUGUCCCUGUUCGCGAAGCUGUUCCUAGAUAACAAAUCGGUCUUCUUCGACGUUACGGGGUUCAACUACUUUCUCCUCGUCUACACUCCUCCGCAGCCGUCCGACGCGCAACCCCCUCCUCCUCUCGCAAACAGGGAUCUAAACGAAUCCCCUCCUCAAUCCCGAUCCUCGACCCAUCCCUCCGACCCCGAUAAACAACAGCAAGCGCUGCCUGGAAGCAGACCGCAGGUCGUAGGCUUCUUCUCGAAGGAAAAGCUCAGCUGGGACAAUAACAACCUGGCGUGCAUCCUGGUCUUCCCGCCGUGGCAGCGCAAGGGGCUCGGCGCGCUGCUCAUGGGCGUGUCGUACGAGAUCUCGCGCCGCGAGGGCAUCCUCGGCGGGCCCGAGAAGCCGAUCUCGGAGCUCGGACGCAAGGGGUAUAAGAGGUUCUGGGCGGGCGAGAUCGCGAGGUGGUUGUUGGGUUUGGAUUUAUCUAAGCCUGUGAAGAAUGACGGGGAAGAGGGAGAGGGAGAGGAAGGUGUUGAUAAAGAAGAGGGAAGUGCGAGCGAGAAGGGGAGGGAAGGGGAGUAUUUGAUUAGCGUCGACCAGUGCUCUAAGGCUACGUGGAUCGUGCCUGAGGACUGCCUCGCCGUGCUCAAGGAGAUGGGCGUCGUCGAAGACGCGGGCCCGGGCCCCGCCGACGCAGUCGGGGAAUCGGCCGAGCACGGCGGCGGCAGCGGCGGCGGCGCCAGCGACGAAGAGGCCGAGGCGGCGGAACCCAAAGAAGAAGCUAAGGCGGUGCCGAGGGUCAGGCUCGAUAAGGAGGCUGUUAGGCGCUGGGUCGAGGACAAUAAGAUUGACCUUACGAAGACGUGCGAUCCGGACGGAUUUGUUGAGGGGUAUGCUAUUGGUAAAGGCGAGGACGAGGAGGUGGAUGAAGUGUAGUUUGUUAGGUUAGGGGGUGAGGAGAGGUGGGUGGGUGGUGUGGUUUGUGUGGUGUGGCUUGCUGUUUGAGGCGUGGAGUUAGACAUCCUGAUACCCCUAUUAUACCCUUGUGGCCUUGCUUUAGCAGCAGUUUGAUUUGAUUGAGGGCUGUGAU